AUGAGUGGCGAUGUGAAACAGGUGGAAGAUGUAUUCCACAAACCUGGAGGUGUAACCGAGUACACGAUUGUACAGAUGGAUCAGAUGAAAGAAAUUGCAGUAUAUAUCUUACCGUUAUUUUUAUAUCUAAAUGAACUAUUUGAAUUAAUUUUUCAUUUCAAAGCAUAUCCGAGAUGUUCUGAUACUCAAUUUGAUUGUGGUGAUCGUUGUAUACCACGAAUGUGGCGAUGUGAUGGAGAUGACGAUUGUAUAAAUGGAACAGAUGAAUUGAAUUGUCCGCCACGGCGAUGUUCUGCAACCCAAUUUCAAUGUAAUGACUCUAGAUGCAUUGACGCGUCAAUGAGAUGUAACCAUGUUAAAGAUUGCAUUGAUGGAACUGAUGAAGGAUCAUUUUGUAAUUAUCGCGUAUGUGAUCAAAGUGAAUUUCAAUGUGAUAUUCAACGAUGUAUACCGCUUACACAGAAAUGUGAUGGAUAUUUCAAUUGUAACGAUAGAAAAGAUGAAGAAAAUUGCAAUCAAACCGCUUGUCAAACUCAUCAAUUUCGAUGUGCCGAUGGUACUUGUGUGGGAAGUUAUGCAAGAUGCGACUUUCGCACACAAUGUCCCGAUGGAUCUGAUGAAGCAAAUUGCAAUCAAGAUGAUGAUUGCGAUGAUAAGUCAGAUGAACAACAUUGCGGUAAUCGUUUAUGUGGUUCAUUAUCAUGUGAACAUGCUUGUCGUCCAACUCCAAAUGGACUUGGAAUUUGCUAUUGUCCAUUUGGAUUUCAAUUAAAUAUGACAAAUAAUCGAUCGUGCAUUGAUAUCAAUGAAUGUAAUGUUUGGGAUGAAUGUGAUCAAGAAUGUCAAAAUACAAUUGGAUCUUAUGUCUGUUCUUGUCGUGCUAAUUAUACAUUAGAAGCGGGAACUCGAUGCAAACAUGUUGAUAGUGAUAGCAUGAAAAUGUUUGUGACCAUUGCUAAUAAAAUAUAUGAAAUUGAUCGACUAGGAAAUUCUCGAAUAAUAUACAGUGGCUUAGAAAAUUCUACCCUUUUUGCCAUUGAUUAUCAUUAUCGAAAUCAAUUAAUCUUUUUCACCGAUCCAUUACAACAUAAAAUUUAUUCAUUAUCAUACAAUAAUCCAAGAUCGACGCCUAUAGUCAUAUUGGAAAAAAAUAUUUUAAUGCCAAUAUCUUUGGCUGUUGAUUGGGUGACAAAUAAAAUAUACAUUGUCGAAAGUAGUGUGGCUCGUAUUGAUUUAAUUACAUUAGAUGGAAAAAUGAAAACAAAUAUUGUAAUUCAAAAUCUUUAUCAACCAACAUCCGUGGCUAUUGAUCCAAUAGCUGAAUAUUUAUUUUUUGCUGAUCAAGGUGAUCAAGUUAAAAUACCAGCUAAAAUAGUUCGUUGUCUAUUAGAUGGUAGUCAAUGUACAGUUUUAAUUGAUAAAAAAUUACAUCAUCCAAAUGAUUUGAGUGUUGACUAUAUUAAAUCACGAAUCUAUUGGGUAGAUACAAGUUAUGAUCAUGUUGAAAGUUGUGAUUAUCAUGGUUCAAGACGAAUUACAAUUUUAAGUGGUGGUCAAAAUAUUCCUCAAGGUUUUAGUUUAGAUUUAUUUGAAAAUAAUUUAUAUAUUACGGAUUUAACAAAAGGUGCAAUAUUAAAAGUUCGAAGACAUUUUAAUUCAAAUGGAACAUAUUUUUAUAAACCACAAACACCUAUUCGUCCCUAUGGUAUUAGUAUUUAUCAUUCAACACGUCAACCAUUUAAACAAGAUCCAUGUAAUGGAACACAAAAUGGAGGUUGUCAACACAUUUGUCUAUUAGGACGAGCAACUUUAUUAACAAAUAGUUAUCAAUGUCGAUGUCAAAGUGGUUAUCGUCUCAAAUCAGAUUUGAAAUCAUGUGAACCGAUAAAAGAUUUCUUAAUAUUAACUCGAACAACGUCUAUUCGUGGCAUUGAUUUGAUUCGUGAUUCAACAAUUGAAGCUCGAGCACCAGUUAUGAGUGAACGUCGAACAGUAAUUAUUGAUACAGAAUUUGAUUAUGAACAAAAAACCAUUUAUUUUUAUGAUCAAUUAAGUCGAAUGAUUUAUUCAUCACAAAUGGAUGGCGAAAGACCAAAACCAGUUACAACAUCAAAAAUAUUUCCACUCAUUACGGCAUUAGCAUUCAAUUGGUAUUCAAAAUUGUUGUACAUGGCAUCAAAUGACGAAAGAAAGAUAACUGUUGUUCGAAUUAAUUCAAGAGAUUUACCACAACGAGUUAUUGCUAAUGAUACUGAGGGUAUUCAUGGAAUUGCACUUGAUCCAUCAGAAGGCCUUGUAUUUUACACGGUAAUUAAACGUCCAGCUAAAAUUUAUCGAAUGUUAUCUGAUGGUUCAAAUCGUUAUGCCAUCGUUUCAAGAGAACUUGGUACUCCAUAUCAUAUUACAUGCGAUUAUUUAACAAAACGACUUUAUUGGACAGAUGGUGUUUUAUCACGUAUUCAAUACAGUGAUUAUAGUGGAAGAAAUGUUCAAACAUUAAAAGGAAAAUCUAUCUCACAUCCAUUUGGUAUAGCUAUAUAUGAAUCACGUUUAUAUUUUUCUGAUGCUAUUUUACAAACUGUCUAUGAGAGUAGUAAAACAUAUAGUGGUUAUGCAUCGCCUAUACGUUCAAAUAUACCAUCAAUAUCAACAAUAAGAAUUUAUUCUCAAUCAGCGCAACCUUUAAAUAUUACUCAUCCAUGUCGACAAAAUAAUGGAGAAUGUGCUGAUUUUUGUUUUCCCAUUGUGGAACGUGGACGACUUACACGAGUGUGUGGAUGUCGUUAUGGAAAAAAAAUUGAUCCAGCAGCGAAUAGUGAUUGUAUUGAUAAUUCAGCAAUUGAACCAACAAUAACGAAUUGUGAAGGAAAAUUUCGUUGUAAUAAUGGACGUUGUAUACCAAUAAACUAUAAAUGCGAUGGAGAUGAUGAUUGUUAUGAUGGAUCAGAUGAACAAGGUUGUCCAGCUGGUACAUCGACAUGUAAAACUGAUCAAUUUCGAUGUCAAAGUACAGGCGUUUGUAUAUCAAAACAAUUGAGAUGUGAUGGUUACAGACAUUGUAAUGAUGGCUCAGACGAAUUUAAUUGCAGUGAAACGUGUAGUGAAACUCAAUUUCGUUGUGGAACAGGAAAAUGUAUUCCGAAGUCUUGGCUUUGUGACACAGAAAAUGAUUGUGGAGAUUCAUCGGAUGAACAAAAUUGCGAACGUAGCUGUGAUCCAAUAACACAAUUUACGUGUCCGCAUUCACCAGGAAAAUGUAUACCCAUUUCGUGGAAAUGUGAUGGACAAAACGAUUGUGGAGACAAUGCAGACGAAACAAAUUGUCCUCCUCUAGCUUGUGGUCUUGGUCAAUUUUUAUGUGCACGUGAUCAACGUUGUAUAAAUGCCUCAUUGAGAUGCGAUGGAAUAUAUGAUUGUCAAAGUAUGGAAGACGAACAAAAUUGUGCAGGAAUUGUUCCUACGUACUGUCGAGCUGAUCAAUUUCGUUGCGGUUCAACUUGUAUUCCAAUGGCAUGGCGAUGUGAUGGUCAUCGAGAUUGUGCUGAUGGAAGCGAUGAACCAUCAACAUGUGGUGCAAGAAAUUGUAGUUCAGAUGAAUUUCGAUGCCAAACAAGUGGUACAUGUAUUCCAAAAAUCUGGGUUUGUGAUAGUGACGAUGAUUGUAAUGACGGUAGUGACGAAAGCGAGGCAGCUGGUUGUGGAACACAACCAUUUCGUUGUCCAGUCAAUCAAACUGUAUGUCCAGGUACAACAAUUCAUGCAUGUGUAAAUAAUAGUCAGUUAUGCGAUGGAAAACCAGAUUGUCCAGGUGGCGGUGAUGAAUCUCCGCUGUGUAAUAAUGAUCAAUGUUCAAUUGAUAAUGGAGGAUGUUCUCAUAUUUGUGUACCAUCACCAUUUGGCGUUCUAUGUUUAUGUCAACCAGGAUUUCGUGUACGAAAUACCACAAACUAUAAAAAAUGUGAAGAUAUUGAUGAAUGUGCUGAAGAUUACAAUACAUGUAGUCAACAUUGUCUAAAUUUGAAUGGUUCAUUUAUUUGUGGAUGUGAUACAGGUUUUACAUUAGAAGUUGAUGCAAGAACAUGUAAAAUUAUUGAUCAAGCUGGAGUGGGUCUAUUAAUUACACGUGGUUCUCAAAUAUCUCGUCUAUCUCCGACAAAUCAACGCGUAUCUGUACUUAAUUUGGCGCCUAAUCUUCGAUAUAUAACAGCAUUAGAUGUUGACAAUCGAACAGAUACAUAUUUUUGGUCAGAUAUAGUAACAAAUACAUUGUACAGUAGAUCAACAAAAGCAACAAAUUAUUCAAGAGUAAUCACAAGUGGUAAUAGUUAUAUAGCCGGUAUUGCUUAUGAUUGGAUAGGACGUAACAUUUAUUGGACAGAUUAUAUGCUUGAACAUGUUGAAGUUGCAUCUGUCGAUGGAAAAUAUCGAAAAAUAUUAUUUCAUGAAAAUUUAACAAAUCCAUGGGCUAUUGCGGUUGAUCCAAGAGCGAGUGCACGUUUUCUAUUUCUAACUGAUUGGGGUAAACGUCCUAGAAUUGAACGUUGUAGUAUGGAUGGUCAAAAUCGUGUUAGUAUCAUUAAUGACACAAUUCAAAUGCCAUUGGGUUUAACAUUAGAUAUAGCACGUGAAGAAGUCUAUUUUACCGAUCGCCAUUUGAAUUAUAUUGAAGUAUGCGAUUAUAACGGAUUACAUCGUCGAAAAAUAUUAUCAAAUGAUCAUUUUCUACAUGCACCAACAUCCAUUAGUUUAUUUGAAAAUUAUUUAUACUGGUUUGACUCCAAUUCACAUGAACUACGACGUUUAAAUCGAUUUGAAAAAACUAUGAAAUUAAAAAAUCAAUCGAGAAUAGCGUCCAUUUACAAUAUGAAUGCUAUGAAAAUUUCACAUAGGGUUUAUCAACCACAAGAAGAAAAUCCUUGUCAACGUUCCCAGUGCAAUCAAUUGUGUUUACUUUCGUCUGUUGCCUCAGCUGGCUAUACAUGUGCUUGUCAGACGGGCUAUCUACUUAGUAAUGAUCGUUUAACCUGUAUGAAAGAUUAUAAUCCAUUUUUAAUUUAUAUGCGACGUCAUACAAUCGGCGGUAUAACUAUUCGUCAUGAUAAAAAGUAUAUAGAUGAAAAUUCAAAUUAUGACGAUGUUUGGGAGAGACUAGUGACCAUAACAGAUAUAAAUAAUGGAUAUGAAUUUGCUUAUGAUGAAGCUAAUGAAACAAUUUAUUGGGCAGAAGUCAAUCGAUUUUUACCGGAUGGAACACCAACGUUUCAAAUACAUCAAAUUAAUUUUGAUGGCACAAAUCGAACAGUAUUCUAUGGUGAUGACGAAAUAUUAGUUGGAAUGGAAGCGGGAACAAUGCAAUUUGAUUCAGUGGGACGCCGAAUAGAUGCUAUUAGUCUUGUUGGUCAAUAUCAUACAGUUAUAUUUAGUGAUCAUGAACAUGAAACAGGAAUAUCUCGUCCGAUAGCUCUAGAUUUAGAUGCAUCAAAUGGUUAUGUCUACUGGAUUGAUCUUGGUGGUGGACCAGUACCAAUGAAAAUUGCUCGUGUUCGAUUUGAUGGACAGCAUUCAGAAGUCCUUGUGACUGAAAAUUUAAAUAAGCCAAAUUAUAUUGUUUACAAUCAUGAUUUACAUUACGUAUUCUGGAGUGAUAUUGGGACAGAACAGAUUGCCUACCAUUCUAUGGAUACUGGUGAAACAAAAGUGUUGCAUAUCGAUGUUCGUCAUCCCCGUGGAUUUGAUUUACUAACACAUUUUCCUCCUACUGAAAUGGAUUAUUUACAAAAUCAAUAUGCAUUAUAUUAUGUUGACGCCGAAUAUGAAGGUGUCUAUGAAGUGUUACUCGAUCACGAAUUGAAUACUAUCCAAAAUACAAUACCGUUGCGAACAAAUCAAGAAGAUGCUCUACAAGUGCGUGUUUAUCCAAGAUUUGACGUUUUAAAUUCUCAUUGUUACUAUGGAUCAUAUUGUGAACAAAUAUGUUUUCAAAUCGAUGCCAUCACUAAUAUGCAUCCAACAUGUGCAUGCGGAAUCGGUUUCCAAUUAAACAGUGAUGGUCGAACAUGUUCAUCUUACACUAAUUAUUUUAUUUACAGUACGCAUUCAAUGUUACGCGCAUUUAAUCAUCGUUCAACAAAUGAUACAUCAACAAGAGAAGAUGCCAUGCCAUUAAUUAGUGGAAAUGAUAUGGAAAUGCUUGGAGUGAGAUAUGCAAAACAAGAAUUGUAUUGGAUAAAUGCUAAUCGUAGAAUAAGACGAGCAAUACGGACAAAUAAUAGAACAGGGUGGAAUAUCACCGAUUAUCUACAAAUUGGAGCGUCAAGAAGUGCUGUAUUGGGUUUAGCUAUUGAUUGGAUUGCUGGUAAUAUGUAUUUUUCGUAUAUUACAAAUUCAUACGGACAUUUGGAAGUAAAUAGAUUAGAUACUGAUCAUCGUUUGGUGUUGCGAAAAGGUACAAAUGAAACAAUUUAUUCCAUAGCUGUCAAUCCAAAAAAAAGAUAUUUAUAUUGGACUGAUCGUGGACCUCAUGUAAGAAUAAGUCGUUCAUUUUUAAAUGGUCAAAACGUUACAUAUUUGAUUACAACUCAAAUAAUUCGUCCUGAAACGUUGACAAUUGAUUAUGCAACUGAUGAUGUAUACUGGGCUGAUUCAAUUCGAGAUGUUGUCGAAGUUAUGUCGUGGAAUGGUGCUAAUCGUCGUACAGUUGUUCGUAAUAUGCCGAAAGUGAUUAGUUUAUUGGUUUGGAAUAAUGAUUUGUAUGUUAUGGAUAAAGCAUUUUCAUCUAUAAUGAAAGUAAACAAAACUGUGAGUAAUAUGACUCAACGAUUAGAAACUGUUUUAUCGUUAAAAUCGUACGAUAUUGGUGGAAUGGUAUUAUUUGAUGAUCAACCUGUAUUUGAAUCACCAUGUCAAACAGGUCGACAACAAUUUUGUGAAGAUUUGUGUUUUGCUCUACCUGAUUCAAGUCUACCGGAAUGUGCAUGUGCUUAUGGAACAUUGAAUAUGGAUAGACGAACUUGUAUAGCACCAAAGGAAUAUUUGAUUGUUGCCAUGGAAAAAGAAAUUCGAUCAAUGUCAAUGCAACCGCAUGGUCGUUCGAUACCAGUUGGUAUCUCUUAUGAUUGGGUAUCUGAUCGUUUGUAUUGGACGGAUGAAACCUACAGUCGAAUAAUAUCAUCAAAAUUAAAUGGUUCAGAAAGAUUAAUUAUUGCAGCUAGUUCAAAACCAAGGGCGAUCGUUGUUCAUCCAUGUAAAGGAUAUUUAUUUUGGAGUGAUGUUGGAAAUUAUCCUUCAAUAAGACGAUCGUCGUUGACUGGACGACAACAAACAUAUUUGAUAACAACGAACGUUCGAUGGCCAAAUGGGUUAACAAUUGAUUUUGAUGAUGAUAGAAUUUAUUGGGCCGAUGCUUAUUUAGAUCGCAUUGAACGAGCUGGUUUUGAUGGUUUAAAUCGAGAGUUACUAACAUCAGCUGUUCAUCCAUUUGCCAUUGUCGUACAUGAUCAUUUCAUUUAUUGGACUGAUUGGGCUUUAGGCGGUGUAUAUCGUGCUGAAAAGUAUACGGGUGCUAAUGUUGUUGAAAUGCAGAAUGGUUUUCCUUAUCGUCCAAUGGAUAUUCACGUUGUUACUGAUCAAAGACAAAAAUGUUCAUUUAAUCCAUGUAAUAUUAGUAACGGUGGUUGUAGUCACAUUUGUAAACCAGCACCAAAUAAUCAAAUUGAAUGUGCAUGUCCAUCGGGACAAAAUUAUAAAUUAGCAAAUGACAGAAAAAUGUGUGUUGUUCAAAAUGCGAACUGUACAUCGGUUAAAUUUACGUGUCGAAAUGGUCAGUGUAUUGAUCGUCGUUCUGUGUGUAAUGGACAAAGUGACUGUAACGAUAAUUCAGAUGAAGAUCCAAGAUUUUGUGGUAUUAGGAAACAUGUUGAAAGAAAAAUUUUGAUUUUAUGUACUUUGUUAUUUCUAGCUGUUUAUAAUUGUCGUCCAACCGAAUAUCGUUGUCUUAAUGGAGGUUGUAUACCAUUUUUUGAAAGAUGUGACCGUAAAAUCGAUUGUUUGGAUGGUAGUGAUGAAAAUAAUCCAUUUCAACCGUGUGUUUAUCCACAAUGCCCUGAAGGACAAUUUACUUGUGCCAAUUUUCGAUGUAUUGAUAAUUUUAAGGUUUGUAAUGGUCGCGAUGAUUGUAAUGAUGGUAAUGCAACAGAUGAAAUUGGUUGUCCGUCACGAGUAUGUAAUGGUACAAAUACUGAAUUUCGUUGUUCUAAUGGUCGUUGUAUUCCAUAUUCAUGGGUAUGUGAUAAUCGUCGAGAUUGUGUGAAUGGUGAAGAUGAAUCAUCUGAUUGUCGUAUGUCGAAUCGAACAUGUCCAGCUGGCCUAUGGAAAUGUGACAAUGGCAGAUGCAUUAGUCCAGAUUUAAGAUGUAAUGGAUACGAUGAUUGCCGAGAUGGUAGUGACGAAGAUGAAAGACAUAACUGCGCUGAAAUGCCGUGUCGUGCAAAUCAAUUUCGUUGUCCAACGGGUUUAAAAAAUAAUCCCCGUUUGCAUUGUCUUGAUCGAACAGCCGUAUGCAAUGGUGUUGCAAAUUGUAUGAGAGGAGAAGAUGAAGCUAAUUGUACAAGAAGAAAUUGCUCGACAUAUCAAUUUCAAUGUGCCAAUGGAUUAUGCAUUCCGAGAAGUUAUGUUUGUGAUCAUGAUAACGAUUGUGGUGAUGGAUCUGAUGAGCCAGCAUCCUGCGAUUCGCAAUACCGUAAUUGUUCGAAUACAGAAUACCGAUGUGAAAAUGGUCGUUGUGUAUCUAAAACGGUCAUUUGUAAUGGACGUAAUGAUUGUCAUGAUAAUUCGGAUGAAAAACCAUUAUUGUGUCAAGCAGAACAAUGUCCACCUGGGCAAUUUCAAUGUAGAAAUAAACAGUGUAUACCGUAUGAAGUUGUCUGUAAUGGUGUUAGAAAUUGUACGGAUGGAAGUGAUGAAACACCGAGUUGCGGUGUGAAUGAAUGUGCAAGUCCAAUAUUGAGUGGUUGCGAACAUUUUUGUGAAAAUACAUUAACAUCAUACAAAUGCACAUGUAGACAAGGAUAUAAAUUAGCGCCAAAUCAAAAAAAUUGUUGGGACAUUAAUGAGUGCGUUGAAACACCAGGUGUUUGUCAACAGGCAUGUGAGAAUACACCAGGUUCUUAUAUUUGUAAAUGUAUGCCUGGUUACGAGAAAGGCAGAGAUGGACGAAUGUGUUUUAGAAUGAACAGAACUGUAAGCCCAUCAGUAUUUUAUACGAAUAAAUAUUAUGUGCGUGCAUUUGAUUUGGAUGAACAAUAUGAAAUAACAAUUGCUAGACAAUUUCUUGAAUUAUCAAGCAUAGCUUAUGAUUGGAAAGAUCGUAAAUUAUACGUUGGUGAUUCAAUUGGAAAUAAAAUAUAUCGAAUGAAUUUGAAUGGAACAAAUUCUGAAGUUAUUGUAGAACAAAAUAUUCGAACAUUACGAUCAUUAACUGUAGACUGGAUUGGAAGAAAAUUGUAUAUUCUAACGAGUACACCAGAAAUUCGUGUUACAGAAUUGAAUGGUAGUAAUAGCAAACGUUUAUUAGAUUAUCGUUAUUUAUCUCAACCAAAUUAUAUGACGUUGGAUUCUCUUGUUGGCUACUUGUUUUACAGUGAUUGGGGUCAACCACAUAUUGGACGUAUUAAUUUAGAUGGAACAAAUUUUGUUAAAAUUAUUUCGACAGAUACAGCUGGACCAUUGGGUAUUACAUUAGACUUAGUUAUGAAACGAUUAUUUUGGAUUGAUAGACGACUACAACGAUUAGAAUACUCUGAUUAUGAUGGUAAAAAUCGUCAAAUAUCGUUCAGUGGUCCUUAUUAUGUUCCAUAUUCACUAAGUCUUGGUUUCAUUGAUGGUUUGGCUAUUUGGUCGGAUUUUACCAAUCAUAGUAUAAUUAUAGCUGAUGCUCUAAAUGGUUCAAAUAAAAAUGUUAUAAUACCAGAUACAAUUAAUGAGGUUGUAUCAUUAGUUGUUGUACAUCCGUCAAUUCAACCACAAGCUGUAAAUCCGUGUGGUUUAAAUAAUGGUGGUUGUUCUCAUUUAUGUUUAUUAACGGUUAAUCAAUCAUACACAUGUGCAUGUCCUGAAGAUUUUUCAUUUUUAACAUCAAAUGGUAAUAAUCGUGUGUGUACAUCAAAUUGUUCAUGUAAUCAACAUCGAUGUGGUCCACCAAAUGAACGAUGUAUACCGUGGACAUUGAAAUGUGAUGGUAGACAAGAUUGUGAAGAUAAUUCAGAUGAACCAACAACAUGUCCACAAAGAACAUGUCCUUUUGGACAAUUUCAAUGUGAUAAUAGAAAUUGUACAUAUUUAUCCUAUGUCUGCGAUGGAUAUAACGAUUGUAGAGAUAAUUCUGAUGAACAAAAUUGUGAAUGUAGAUGUAUGCCUGGAACGUUUAAAUGUACUUCAGGACCAUGCAUCUCAAUGCGUUAUCGUUGCGAUGGAAGUCGUCAGUGUCAAGAUGGAUCAGAUGAAGUUGAUUGUCCAAAUCAGACAUGUGCACAUCAUCAAUUUACAUGUACAAAUGGACAAUGUAUUCCAGCUUCUUAUGAAUGUGAUUUAGAUAAUGAUUGUGGUGAUAAUAGCGAUGAAAAUGCUUACUUUUGUCGCAAUCGACCAUGUCGACUAGAUCAAGUUCGUUGUCCAAAUUCGUAUAAAUGCAUUCCUACUGUGGCCAGAUGUAAUGGACGAAAUGAUUGUGGUGAUAAUAGCGAUGAAAAUCCAGCACAGUGUCCGGCGUGCAAUGAUGCUAGUCAUUUUCGUUGUAAUAACAGUCGCUGUAUACCAAGAAGUUUUAAAUGUAAUCAUAGAGAUGAUUGUGGUGAUAGUUCAGACGAAGAUCCAUCUACAUGUGUUUAUCGUCAAUGUAGCGAAGGUGAAUUUCGAUGCCGUAACCAAAGAUGUAUACCGGAACGAUGGGUAUGUGAUCAUGAUCUGGAUUGUGGUAAUGGUGAUAAUUCGGAUGAAGCAGGAGAUUGUGCUUCUCGUCCAUGUCCGGCUGGUUCUUGGCAAUGUGCAUCCGGUCAUUGUGUUCGAAAUUCGAGUCGUUGUGAUGGUUAUAUACAGUGUCAUGAUGCAUCAGAUGAAAUGAAUUGUACAGCAAGAUUUUCUAAUGGAUGUUCAAACGGUCGAUGUAUUUACAAAUGGAGAGUGUGUGAUCAUAUAGAUAAUUGUGGUGAUGCAAGUGAUGAAGAUAUUCAUGGUGUGUGUAAAGCGAAUGCACAAAUAUCCUGUAAUGAAUUUCGUUGUCCAAAUACAAAUCGUUGUAUUCGUUUUACGGAUUUGUGUGAUGAAUUUAAUGACUGUGGUGAUGAAUCUGAUGAAUUGUUAUGUCAUCAUAAUACAACUGUAACGUGUGCAAAUCAAACAUCUCAUUGUGAUCAAGUGUGUCAUGAUUUACCCAAUGGUGGCAUUGUUUGUUCAUGUCAUUCCGGUUAUUUACUUAAUAAAGAUUCAUUGAAAUGCGAAGAUAUUAAUGAAUGUGAACAUACUCAUCUAAAUAUGUGUCCACAAAUAUGUAUAAAUAAAAAAGGUUCAUUCGAAUGUGAAUGUGCAAGUGGUUUUUCAUCAAGCGGUUUCAAUAGAUCCGAUUGUCAUCCAAACGAUCCUACAAUCGACAUAUUAAUAUCUUUACCAGAAGAAAUUCGUCGUUUACGACGUAAUAAUCAAAAUGACACCAGUUAUAAUAGAAUUGUUGAAGAUCAACAAGAUUCAUCGUAUAUGACUAUUGAUAGUGAUGAUCAAAUGUUAUAUUGGAUUGACGAGGGCACUGAACAAAUUUAUCGUGGUCAUUUGGUACCCUCAAUGGUAUCCGCUACACAUCCUCAAAAAAUAACAAACGACGUUGAACACGAAAAUAUACAACCAACAUCAAUAGCCAUCGAUUGGAUUGGAAAAAAUUUGUAUGUGUCUGAUUUAUAUCAUAAUUGUAUUUGGUUAAUGAAAACAGAUGGAAGAUAUAAACAUAAAUUAAUCACUGAUCUUGAGCAACCUUGGGUAGUGGCUGUUAAUCCUGUUCUAGGUCUAAUGUAUUUUGUUAAUUGGGAACGUGAACAUGAAGAGAGUGACGAACAUACAGUGGCAAUUGAAUGGGCCUAUAUGAAUGGUGAAAAUCAUACAAUAUUAAUUGAUACAAAUCUUGUUUUUCCAACAGAUAUAGUUAUUGAUUAUUAUAUGAAUAAUCGGGUUUAUUGGGUUGACGAAAAAGCAGAAUCAAUUGAAUCAGUAGCAUGGGAUGGCACGGAUCGAAUGACAAUUGCACAUAUCGGUAUUCAUGCACCUCAUUCGUUGGACGUUUUUGCCAAUCAUUUAUAUUGGAUAGAUCGACAAAAUCGUUCACUAUAUAUGAUUGAUAAAUUUGGACGAGGUAUAUCUUCAUCAAUUAUAGAGAAUUUAGAAUUACCAUUAUUUGUUCGCAUUCAUCAUCCGUUGAGACAGAUACAAAACGUGAGCAAUCGUUGUGCUCAAGCCAAUUGUUCACAUUUAUGUGCAUUAAAGCCAAAUAAUGAAUAUGAAUGUUUAUGCCCAGAAGAGACAGACUUACAAGAAAAUGGAUACACUUGUAAUGCUCCAAUUAUUGAACCAUCUCCACCUAUUUUACGAUGUAAUUGUUUGUAUGGUAAAUGUGUGUAUCAUGAAGAUGCGCAAAGUGGACAACGAUUAGCUGGUUGUUUAUGUUUCCCAGUUUUGGUUAUCCUUGCAAUGGUUGUCGUGAUUGCUGCAUUUGCAGUCGGUUUUAUACAACUGAUCAGAAAAGGACGACUGCGUAUGCCUCCAAGGCCCAAUUUUCGAACAUCAGUUAAUACAUUUCGAAAUUUUAUUACACGUUCAACGAACAGUAUUAAUAGUGUUAGAUUUAGAAAUGGACGAACCGAUAUUGAAGGCGGUGGAAAUGCGUCAACUACGGAAACACCAAAACCGAGCGAUAGUGCAGUAUUUUCAAAUCCAAUGUAUCGUUCUACAGAAACAACAGCAGCAUCAACAGGAAAAAAUAUACCAACGACCCCCCUUCCUAGUCAGUCUCCUUCCUCUAUUUCGAAUGAACCAGCUAAACUUCAAGUUCAAGUGCAGCCAGUUCCAAAUAAACCAACAAGAAAAGCUGCCCCAUCUCCAUUUCAAUUUGAUCCCCAAUCAAAAGAUACAGAUUAUGAUAAAGCUACAUUAGUUGUUCGUACGAAUGAUGCAUAA